UACCCUUUAACAUAACUACAUAAUUAACCUCUGUCUCAACUCUGAACCACCCGCUUUGGAUGUUAUCACCCAUAACGAAUGGGCUGAUCAGAACUUAUCAGCGCAUUCGAAUGGGCCAGUAGGGGCCAGCUCUGUCUCCUCGCUAACAGCUAACAGCUAGCAGCUAGCUAAGUGGCUACGUUUAGCAGCUUUAGAGGUUAUUGUGGUUAGGGUUAGGGCUGGAUAACGGGUGGGGGGUUCAGGUUACAUUUAGCUAACACAAUACCGCUAGCUACUUGCUAAGUUAUGCUCGCUAAUAAAUCAAAAUCUACAACUUUAAUCCUUUCGUCUGAAGAACAACCGCUCAACAGCGCCCCUACUGACUCUGCUGGUUAAAUCAUCCGAGUCGUGAUCAAACUUACGGAUCAAUGACGGCGACCUACUGCACCUAUUCACCGCUGCCAGCAGUUAGGUGGGCACCUACCGACCCAUAUUUAUGGGCUGAUAACCACUGAUAAUGACCAUUGAAUGGCGUGAUAACGCCCGAAGCCGCUGUCUAAACUCUGAAGGUUCAGUUUUCAAAACAAGCAAUUCUUAAACUGUACCAUCAUAUUUCUGCACUACUACAUCUCCCAGAAUGCCCAGACUCAUCCCACUUCCUGUUUCUAUAUCCUCAUUCAUCCCAAAUCAGAACAAAGAGGGAGGGAAUGAACUUGACCUAGACUUGGAACUGAGCCACAGAGGCAUUGAUGUAAAAUCAGCAGGGAGAAGAUUAAAGCUAAGAACAGUUGUUAAAGCUACAACAGGUGAAGAGCGUUAGACUAGUGUGAAACCAGUGAUCAUCAUGUUGUUGGAUCCAGAUAAGACAAUUUCGCGACCAGAGCUGUUCGAUUUCCACGGAGUCUCAAUGACUCACUACUUCACAGACAACUGGGAGGCUGUCCAAAACUUUCCGGCCAGGCCAGAUGAUAUUCUUAUUGCUACUUACCCCAAAGCAGGUGAGUCCAGAAAUGAAACUGUGGUCACCAGGCUGAAACGUUGGGAUCACCAGGCUCCCUCCUCCUCAGGAACCACAUGGGUGUCCUGCAUCCUGGACCUGCUCUACUUUGGUCAGACGUCUCCAGAGCGUCAGACGUCCAUCCCCAUCCAUGAACGAGUGCCUUUCCUGGAGAUCUUUGCCCCUUCUGUGGCUUUAGUAGGAACCGAUCAGGCAGAAAAGCUCCCCACGACUCCUCGACUCAUUAAGACUCAUUUUCCAGUCCAGUUUGUACCAAAGUCCUUCUGGGAGCAGAACUGCAGGAUGGUCUAUGUGGCGCGAAACGCCAAAGACAACAUGGUGUCUUAUUUUCACUUUGAUCGAAUGGUCAAGGUUCAGCCAGAGGCUGGAGACUGGAAAGACUACUUCCAAAGGUUCAUCAAGGGAAAAAUGGUGUUUGGAUCCUGGUACGACCAUGUGAGUGGAUGGUGGAAGAAGAAACAGACAUAUUCAAACAUCCAUUACAUGUUCUUUGAAGACCUGGUGGAGGAUACUGGGCGGGAAAUAGACAAACUCUGCAGUUUUCUUGGUUUGUCUCCGUCAGCAGAGGUGAAGAAGCAAAUUACAGGUGAAGUGCAGUUUGACACCAUGAAGAAGAACAGCAUGGCCAAUUAUUCCACAUUCCCAGCGAUGGAUUUUAAAAUUUCUCCCUUCAUGAGGAAAGGGAAGGUUGGCGACUGGAAAAACCACUUCACGGUGGCUCAGAAUGAAGAGUUUGAUGAAGACUACAGGAAAAAGAUGAAGGACUCCACACUUCAGUUUCGCUCUGAGAUCUGAACAAUACUGACGUUUGUCUUAAUUACUAAAAAUGAGUCUUAAUAGAAACAACACAUUUUUAUAAUGAUAUGAAGACCCUUUUCCUCCAUCCGUGAGAUUAAGAUACAGUUGAAAUCUGAAAAAAGUCUAUUUAAAGUUUUUUAUGUGAAAAAUUAUUGUUAUUUUGACAGAUUUAUACAACUGCGUAAUUUUCUUAAUUAAUAAUAAAAUUAUUAUUAAUUUGUAAUAAAAUAAUCUAAAGCCAUUUAUAAUUUCCCUCCAACUUUGUGUUGGUGAGAAUUAUUAUGUACAAAUUAAACACAUUUGCUUCUU